UGUAAACAUAUUAAACAAAUCAUGAACGGUUUGAAAAAAGCACGUAAACAGGUUGACGCAUUAACCUUUUAAUCAAAUGGGUUGCUAAAAAUACAUGUUUAAUUUAACAUAAUAAACAUGUCAAUAUGAACCAUGGUUGCAAAAGUCGCUAGGCGCUCCCUAAUCGGUCGAGCGGGGAGUUGGGAGUACUCGGACUAGGUGGAGAGUACUCGGACAUGCUAAAUAAUAAAGAAAUUAGUUUUCGGAAAUUAAAUAUAUGUCAAAUAACAUAAAUUUACUAAUAAUUAUAACAAAAUACGUGAAAAUGAUAUUUAUUCUUUAAUUCUUUAAUAUGAUAAGCAUAGAAAUUUGUUUUAAUUUUUUUAAAGUCAAACUUGGCUUGAAUUAACCUACUAGAUCCGAUUCUGGCCGAGUUUGAUUGCGUUUAAUCAAUUCCGAGUAAAUAGGCGAAGUUGAAUAAAGUCGCAUCGACAGCCUACCUUGGAGUGCUUACUCGGAGAGUACUCGGACUUGGAAACCUUGUUUUACAACCAAUUUCGAACACGGCCCAGUUAUGUAAAUUACAUGAUGAAUUAGUCAACUCGAGUAAAAACUAUUUACUAAACAUGCUAGAUAUAACAAUAUAAAACUUUAUAAAUUUUGCAUCAUUUCCCGAUCGUGUCAAGAAUCACCACCCCUAUAGCCAACCCAUUUCUGAAAAAAUAAAAUAAAAUAGUAAAGGCCAAAGGGAACAAGCAGAAUAGUUCAAGCCAAAUGUGUAAAUUAUGAUCUCAUAAACCCUAAUUCCAAAACAUAAACCCCCCAAAUUUUCAAAUCCCCUAAACCCUAACUCCACCACCUCUUCCAAGCUAACAUCUGCAACUGAUAAUGAUGGCGUUAGCUCGAUCCUACAAGCAAUCAAGCAAUUACCUUUCCAUUUCUAGGGCUUUGUUUUACUCAACAGAAACUAGCACCAUCAAGAAGAAACAGCCUGAUAAUCUUUACAGUAGGAUCUCACCCGUCGGUGAUCCCAACGUUUCCGUGAUACCGAUACUCGAGCAGUGGGAAAAAGAAGGUAAAUCGGUAGUAUUCAGUCAGAUCAUUACCAUUAUCAAAAGCCUCCGCAAGUUCAAUCGCUACACCCAUGCCCUCCAGCUGUCAGAAUGGAUGGCUAAUAGAAAGGGGGGACUGACAGCGCCAGGUGUUGCGGUUCAUUUGGAUUUGGUAUCAAAAGCUCAAGGGGUAGAACAAGCCGAGAAGUAUUUUAAUAGCGUUCCAGAUGAUCUCAAGACUCUCCAAGUUUACGGUGCUCUUUUGAAUUGUUAUGCAGCCACAAAAUCAGUAGAAAAAGCAGAAGCUACUGCAGAGAAAAUGAAGCAAAUGGGUACGAUGACAACACUUGGUUAUAACUCCAUGCUUAAUUUAUACAAGAAAAUCGGAGAUUAUGAAAAGCUCGACAAAAUCUAUCUAGAAAUGUUGGAAACGGGUGUUUCUUGUGAUAAACCAACUUACUACAUUCGGUUAAGUGCAUACGCUCUUGCUUCUGAUAUUGAAAAAAUGGAAAAAGUUCUUGAAACUAUGGAAAACAAUUCUAGCCUUGGAAUCGAUUGGAAUGCGUAUGUUAUUGCGUCUGGUGGGUAUAUAAAAUCUGGGUUGCCGGAUAAAGCUUUUGAAAUGCUGAAAAAAUCGGAGAAUUAUAUACAGGGAAACUCGAAAGGGGCUGCAUGGGAAAGUCUCAUUGGUAGGUAUGCUUCUAUUGGUAAAAAAGACGAUGUUUAUCGUAUAUGGAAUUUGUAUAAAACCUCGUGGAGUAAAGUAUACAACCGCGGUUACAGUUCUAUGAUUGACGCAUUAGUGAGAUUAGAUGACAUUGAUGCGGUGGAGAAACUAUUGGCCGAAUGGGAAUCUCAAAAGUUAUCAUUUGACUUUAGGAUUCCUAAUAUGCUGAUUAAAGCUUAUUGCACCAAGGGUCUUUUGGUCAAAGCCGAAGCAUACGUUGACCGACUUGUAGAUAUGGGGAAACAACCACCAGCAAGCACAUGGGUUUUGUUUGUGACUGCGUAUACAAAAGACAAUGAGAUGGAGAAAGCAGUGGAAAUGCUGAAAAAGUGCGUUGCUGCUGAAGAUAUGCGCGGCUGCAAAUUGGAUCACGAUGUUUUUACGGCGUGUGUUGAAUAUUUGGAAGAAAAUGGUGAUUUGGAGAUGGUAGAAGAGAUUGAGAAAGUUUUCGAGGGUAGGAUUCGUGUUCCACUGAUAUCCAAUGCGGAAUCCUCUGAUGAUGAAGUUGAAGAGUCAGAGUCAUCACCGACGAAAUGAUAACAUGUUCUGAGUUUUAGAUUUGUUUGAUGUUUAUUAAUCAAGGCAUUAUUUGUCGAUGCUUUUGUUUCUCGUGUUCGUGGUUAUGUCUCCAUGACUCUUUAUCAGGUUUUUUAGCCCAAUUCUUAUCCAUAGUUUCCCAUCCAGACUCA